CACCAUUCAUGCGCGCCCAGCAUCCUACUUACCUUGCGCGCGUCUCUCUAACGCGGCGUGUAGCUGUACGCAGCUUCGCCAGUCAGGCAUUGGACCUCAAAUGGCUCGCAGAGCGCGAUGUGACCGCGGAAGUGGGCGGCGAGGCGAACGUCAAACGUUUGCGCUCCGUCUCCCGCGAUUUUCGGACUGACACAAUAACGAUUCCUACCGAUGCGCAGCUUCUCGCCGGCCUGCGCGCCUCGCGCGGCGACGACGUAGAGCUGGAGGACCCCGACACCGCAGCGUUCGAGGCCCGCGUCGCGGCUCUGGCGGGGAAGGAGGCCGGUCUCCUCUGCGCAUCCGCGACGGGCUCGAACCAACUCGCUGUCCGCUCAUUGUUCGCGCAGCCUCCGCAUAGCGUGGUAGUGGACGCACGUGCACACCACUUUCAGAACGAGGCGGGCGGCGCCGCCCUCUUCUCACAGGCGACGACGCACACCGCGCGCCCCGCCAACGGGCUGUAUCUUACGGCGGAGGAUAUCGAGCCAGUCCUGCAGCUAGGAGACGACGUACAUAUGGCGCCGACGCGCCUCAUCGUGCUCGAGAACACUAUGGACGGCGUCGUGGUCCCGGACGACGUGGCAUGGGGUGUGCGGCGCCUCGCGGAUCCGCAUGGGAUUAAGAUGCACCUCGACGGCGCGCGGGCGUGGAACGCCGCCGCCGCCGCCGUUCUCAGUGAAGGAGGGGACGGCGAAGAGGGCCUGCGCACAUCGCUGAGCAAUAUAUGUGCGCCCUUCGACACCGCCAGCUUGUGUCUUUCAAAGAGCCUCGGCGCGCCCCUCGGCAGUAGGGAGGUGGUCGCGCGUGCGCGCUGGUUCCGGAAGAUGUUCGGCGGGGCGUGGCGCCAGUCGGGCGCGCUGGCCGCUGCAGCUGACUGGGCAAUCACGCACCACUUCCCGCGUCUGCGGUAUACGCAUGAGCUUGCCCGCCGCCUCGCCGCUGGGCUUGAGGCCGCGGGGUGUCGCAUCGUCAUACCCGUUCAGACAAGCAUGGUGUUUUUUGACCCCGCGGCUGCGGGCAUCCCACUGGGCGAGGUGGAGAAGGCGGCGCGCGCGCGGGGAAUAACCGUCCGGUCCAAUCGCUUGGUCGUGCAUCACCAGACCGACCCGCGGGCUGUAGAGGAACUAGUGGAUCUCGUGCGAGGGAUGGCAGCAAAGGCUGAGGGGCCGCUGGGCGAGAAGCUGCGGAUGGGGCACUAG